CUCGUCUUCUUCCUCGAUCCAGCGGCGCCAACAGCCUCUAUAAAGCACGGCUCCCCAGACCCCGGUGGCAACGCACACCACCCCGCAGGGAAGCCGCAACAUUCCGCUCGACGCCCGCCAUUCCCAUCCACCUCGGCUUCGCCGCUACACCCGGACUCUGAAACGAUGGCGGCCAAGGUGGUGGACCUGCGGUCGGACACGGUGACCAAGCCGUCGGAGGCCAUGCGGGCCGCCAUGGCCGCGGCGGACGUCGACGACGACGUGCUGGGAGCCGACCCCACGGCCCGGCGCUUCGAGGCGGAGAUGGCCCGGAUCAUGGGCAAGGAGGCGGCGCUGUUCGUGCCGUCCGGCACCAUGGCCAACCUCAUCUCCGUCCUGGCGCACUGCGACGCCAGGGGCAGCGAGGUCAUCCUCGGCGACGACUCCCACAUCCACGUCUACGAGCACGGCGGCAUCUCCACCCUCGGCGGCGUCCACCCCAGGACUGUCCCCAACAACCCCGACGGCACCAUGGACGUCGACAGGAUCGUCGCUGCCAUCCGGAGCCCCGACGGCGCGCUCUACUACCCCACCACCAGGCUCAUCUGCCUCGAGAAUACCCAUGGAAAUUCUGGUGGGAAGUGUCUGACUGUCGAAUAUACUGACAAGGUUGGGGAAGUUGCAAAGGCUCAUGGCUUGAAGCUUCAUAUCGACGGAGCUCGUAUUUUCAAUGCUUCUGUUGCGCUUGGAGUUCCUGUCGAUACACUUGUGAGAGCUGCUGAUUCAGUUUCGGUAUGCCUGUCGAAAGGGAUAGGUGCUCCUGUUGGAUCAGUUAUUGUUGGUUCCAAGGCCUUCAUAAACAAGGCUAAAAUUCUUAGGAAGACGCUAGGUGGUGGAAUGAGGCAGGUAGGGGUUCUCUGUGCUGCUGCAGAAGUCGGAGUUCGCGAUACCAUCGGCAAGCUUACCGACGACCAUAGGAAGGCCAAAGUUUUAGCUGACGGACUGAAGAAAAUCGAACAGUUUACAGUUGAUUUGACUUCAGUGGAGACCAAUAUGGUAUUCUUUCACAUGGCGGAUCCACGCAUCACUCCGGCCAAACUGUGCAAAGUCCUGGAGCAGCGCAAUGUGCUUGCAAUGCCAACAAGUUCCAAGAGCGUAAGACUUGUGGUUCACUACCAAAUUUCAGAUAGUGAUGUCCAGUAUACCCUGACAUGCAUCGAGGAAGCCGUUGGUGAAAUACUGGCAUGCGACGCUAAACUGGAGCGUCCGACGAACGGCGCCGCCGCGAAUUCAUAAGGGCACUAGCACUAAGCUAGCAAGGCCACUUCCUCUUUGUGGCAACCUAUGCACAAUGCAUCGAUGAAGAAAUGCAGUACCAUCCUGCUUGUUUUUGGUCGUGGCCUUGGUGACAGUAUCGACAACUGUGCGGAAUAAUCGAUUGCCUGCUUAUGAGUCCAAUGUCAAUGUGAACGUUGUUCUUCAGCUUGGAUAACAUGAUAUGCAAUCCAGCUAGGGAUAAUAAGGAUACUGGAAAUGUUGGCCAUCGCUUGUCCACAAGCGUAUUUUUUAAAUUCAUGUAUAUUUUUUGGGAUACACGACCGUUUUUUUAAUUUCGAAAAUGUUUUUCUUUA